GAGAAAAGUAUAUAUUUGGCAGUGAAAUCUUUAUUGAAGUGCCAUCAACAAUCAAGAUAUCAUUUCAAUGGCUAUCACAUCCUACGACUUUCUCUACUUUGAACUUCACGGACUCUCGAGAGUAUGCAGAAUCAUGCUCGAUCUAAGCGGUGUCGAGUGGACCGACACAUAUGCUAAGAAUUGGGAUGAACAAAGAGACUCAACUCCAUUUCUUCGUCUACCUGUCCUGAAAGAAUUUCACGAUGACGGAACAACGUUUUCAAUGGCUGAAAGUCAUGCCAUCUGUCGAUACCUGGCCAAACAGUAUGGUUACCUUGGUAAUCAUCCUCAUGAGUCUGCUCUCAUUGAUAUGUACUAUGAGAGUUGGAAUGAGGUUUCUCUAAAGUACCACUACGUUAAGUACAGAUUGAUGAAGCUGGUUCCUACUGAGCUGGUCGACAAGGAUAAGGAAUAUUGGCGUGACAACUUUCUUCUACCUAUCCUCUCAAAGCAUGAGGAGGCCCUGGCUAAAAACGGCACAGGUUUUUAUGUUGGGGACAAGAUGACAUUGGCUGACAUUGCUGCAGCUGUUCACCUUCCAGUGUUGAACUACCAAGGUGUCAUUACUAAGGAAACACACCCAAAUCUAGUUGCACUUUCGGAAAAGCUGAAUUCAGCUGAUCCGUUCCUGUCUCGUAAGAACAACUUCAUGAAAAACUAGGUGCCUUGUUCACGUAUGGCAAGGGUUUGACGCCGAUCCUUUGUUUGAGCGCUAUUUUACUUGUAGUUUCGGCCACCUAGUGCAAUUGAAUGCUUAUCAAUAAAUGUCUAUGUGCUAUUAA